AUGUACAGCUCCGUGAGGACACGUUUGGCUUUGUUGUGGACGCUCGUCGUCUCUUUGACGCUAGUGGCUGCGGAUGUCGCUAUUGUGUCGCCUGGGCAGGGCGACAAGUUCACUGCUAGCGGCAGCUCGGUUUCCAUCACCGUGCAGUGGAAUGAGGAUGACGUUACGCCUCUCCUGAAGAACGUCCUGAACUACAAUAUCUUGUUGUGCUACGGUACCAAUGAUAAGUUCACAUGUCCCGAGACAACAACGAAUACAGUUAAGCCUUCUGACUUGGCAAGUGGCACUGAAGGCUCCUACUCAUAUGCCGCGAAGUUCGACGCGUCGGCAGUGGGCAACGGCCAGUACUUCAUCCAGGUUUUUGCUCAGUUUUCAAAAGACGCUAAGCAAUACACCAUCCAUUACACCCCACGUUUCACAUUGAGUUCCAUGAGCGGCACCCUCACUCCAUCCGUGACCACCACUUCGCAGCCUGCUACCCAAGUCAUGUACGCUACGGGUACAACGACCACUACUGACGACGGCUUCGACGUCUCCAGUCUCUCCACGGUUCCAUACACCCAGCAGACCUAUCGCACGCGGUUCGCUCCUAUGCAAAUGCAGCCCGGGUCCACCAUCACCGCGACUACCUGGACCAGGAGAUUCCCCACUAGCGCUGUUACAUACUACUCCACGCUCCGUAACUGGAAGUCGCUAGAGCAGCUCAGUACCAUCACUCCCGGCUGGUCCUACACCAUCUCAAGUGACUUCAACUACGCGACGCCCAUGCCCUUCCCCUCGCAGAACGGGGGCUGGUACAACCCCAAGUCGAGGCAGAGCCUCAGCACGCGUAUCCGCAACCUGAAGUAUGCCACACAGGGCGUCACUACCUCGGCUUCCGCGGACUCCUCAGGCUCCGGCUCUGCGUCCACGCUCACCUCUUCUUAA